AUGGAGAAAGAAGAAGAUUUCAUGCACGACGAUGGAAGCAAGAAGGAAACAAGAAAAUUCAAAAGAAGACAAAUGGGACUCUCGUGCAUGCUUAACACCGAAGUUGGUGCAGUUCUAGCAGUGAUUCGUCGUCCAGAAUUGACUCCUCUCUACAACAUCCCUUCCUCCGAAGAUAGCUGCGACUCUUCCGUCAUCAGUUCCUUAAGAUCCCUUCGCUCUCUCAUCUUCAACCCUCAGCAAGAGUGGCGCACCAUCGACCCUUCCAUCUACCUCGCUCCCUUCCUUGAUGUCAUCCAAAGCGACGACGUUCCUGCCGCGGCCACCGGCGUGGCCCUCUCUUCUGUUCUCAAGAUUCUUAAGUUUGAAGUUUUUGAUGACAAGUCCCCCGGCGUAAGAGAGGGUAUGGAGUCCAUUGUCUCCGGGAUCACCAGCUGCCGGCUCGAGAAAACUGACCCUGCUUCGGAGGAUGCCGUGAUGAUGAAGAUAUUGCAAAUUUUGACCGGGAUAAUGCACCACAGGGCUUCAGCUUUGCUCUCGGAUCAAUCUGUUUGCACCCUCGUCAACACGUGCUUUCAGGUUGUUCAACAAUCCGCGACAAGAGGAGAUUUGCUACAGAGGAGUGCGAGGUACACCAUGCACGAGCUUAUCCAGGUUGUGUUUACCAGGUUACCAGAGAUUGAGGCCAAGGAUAGAGAAGGGGACUCAGAAUCAGACAUGGAGGAUGGUGAUGAGGGCGGUGGCUUGGAAUCUGGCUACGGUGUUCGUUGCGCCAUUGAUAUCUUUCACUUCUUGUGCUCUUUGUUGAAUGUUGUAUCCAUAGUUGAGGCAGAUGGGUCUACUUCUCACACAGCUGAUGAAGAUGUUCAGAUUUUUGCCUUGGUUUUGAUAAACUCAGCCAUUGAACUGAGUGGGGAUGAAAUAGGGAAGCACCCAAAGCUCUUAAGGAUGAUCCAAGAUGACUUGUUUCACCAUUUGAUUUACUAUGGGACAUGGUCAAGCUCCUUUAUCUUGUCCAUGAUUUGCAGCACCGUCUUGAAUGCCUAUCACUUUCUCCGAAGGUUUAUUCGAUUCCAACUAGAAGCAUUCUUUGGAUAUGUGCUGUUUAGAAUUGCAAGUUUUGGGAGCACAAUUCCACUUCAAGAAGUGGCAGUUGAAGGAAUAAUAAAUUUCUGCAGACAGCCAACAUUCAUCGUUGAAGUUUUUGCAAACUAUGAUUGUGAUCCAUGUUGCCGGAAUGUGUUUGAGGAGGCUGGGAGGUUGCUUUGCAAGCACUCAUUUGCACUAAAUGGCCACCUCACUAGUUUGCACAUUCAAUCCUUUGAAGGCCUAUUGAUCAUGAUUCACAACAUUGCAGAUAACAUUGACAAAGAUGGUCAUCAUUUAGGUCCACACACAAUUCAAUUGCCCACGUAUAGACCCUUUUGGGAGGAGAUGGAUAAAGAAGAAGAAGACUUGGAAGAUUGGGUGAAACAUGUAAGGAUGAGAAGACUUCAGAAGAAGAAACUUUUGAUUGCUGCAAACCAUUUCAACAGAGAUAAUAAGAAGGGUCUUGAGUACUUGAAACAUGCAAAGUUAAUCUCUGAUCCUCCUGAUCCCAAGGCUUAUGCUUACUUCUUUCGUUACACUCCUGGCAUAAACAAGAAAGCAAUAGGGGAAUUUCUUGGAGACCCUGAUGCUUUCUACCUCCAAGUUCUCAAAGAAUUCACUGCAACCUUCCAUUUCCAAGGCAUGAAUCUUGACACUGGCCUUAGGUUUUAUCUAGAGAGUUUCUGGCUGCCAGGAGAGUCACAAAAGAUUCAGCGUGUGCUUGAAGCAUUCGCGGAGAGGUUUUACGACCAUCAAUCCUCAGACAUGUUUGCAAGCAAGGACACUAUUCUCAUCUUGUGCUACUCCCUCAUCAUGCUUAACACUGAUCAACACAACCCCCAAGUUAAGAAGAAGAUGACAGAAGAGGAAUUCAUCAGGAACAAUAGAGCAAUCAAUGCGGGAAAGGAUUUGCCUAGAGAGUACCUUUCUGAGCUUUUCCAAUCCAUUUCCACUUGUGCAUUUUCCCUAGAGAAAACCACUGUUUCACUAGACAUGAACCCGAGUAGGUGGAUUCAGAUCAUAAACCGAUCCAAGGUGGUACAACCUUUCACCCAAUGCGACUUCGAUCGUAGAAUAUGUAGAGAUAUGUUUGCCUGCAUUGCCGGUCCAGCAGUGGCUGCUCUUUCAUCAUUCUUUGAGCAUGCUGAUGAAGAGGAGAUGCUCCAUGAGUGCAUUGAAGGGUUAUUCUCAGUUGCAAGGAUUUGUCAGUAUGGACUAGAAGAUACCCUUGAUGAGCUCAUAACAUCAUUUUGCAAAUUCACAACACUACUAAAUCCUUAUGCUUCUAUAGAAGAGACCAUGUUCACCUUUAGUCAUGAUUUGAAGCCCAGGAUGGCAACAGUUGCUGUUUUCACCAUAGCAAACUACUUCAGAGACUCAAUUCAAGGAGGUUGGAAGAACAUUGUUGAUUGCUUGUUGAAACUCAAAAGGCUUAAACUACUACCUCAAUCUGUCAUUGAUUUUGAGUCGGUGGAUGUCCCAACAACACCUGAAUCAGGUGUCGUGUCUCCAACUGAUGAUCAUAAAUUUGGAAGCCAGAGAGUCGCUAGCAUGAUCUCUCGGUUUUUGCAUCUUUCGUCAGAAAGCAUGGAAGAUGGUUUGACCCUUGGUAGUGAAUUUGAACAGAACACCAAAAUGAUCAAAAUGUGCAAUAUUGGUAGCAUCUUCAGCAAUUGUUCAAACAUCCCCAAAGAAUGCUUACAAAGCCUUGGGAGGUCUUUGAUAUUUGCAGCUGCUGGAAAAGGCCAAAAGUUCAGCACACCGGUGGAGGAAGAGGAAACGGUCGAGUUUUGUUGGGAUUUGAUCACUGCAAUAUCAAUAGCCAAUGUUCAUAGAUUCCACAUAUUCUGGCCCAACUUCCAUGAGUACCUUCUUUCAGUUGCUCAGUUUCCCAUGUUCUCCCCAAUCCCAUUUGUAGAAAAAGGUAUUUUAGGCCUUCUCAAGGUCUGUCUCAAGCUCUUUUCUGCACCAAGAGACGAAAAACAAGCCGAGGAACUUAUUUUCAAGUCCGUAAACUUAAUGUGGAAGCUUGAUAUAGAAAUCCUCGACACGUUUCACGAUGUCAUAUCACAUUCAAGUAGCAAAAUACUGAUUGAAUACCAUGCAAAUUUGCAGACUCAAAUAGGAUGGAAGUCAGUGCUAAAUCUGUUAUCACCUGUUUGGAGGCAUCCUGAGAACUAUGAUGUGGGAUUUGAGGUCCUGAUAGCAUUAUUUUCUGAUGGCACUCGCUUAUCACGCACAAACUAUGGAGAUUGCGUAGAUUUUGCCUUUGGGUUUUUCUUAGCCAAGAACAUUCCAGGGGAAAAAAAGAAGAUGAUACUAGACCUAUUGGUUGGUUCAGUAAAAAUGUUGAUUCAAUGGCACAGAAAUCAAUACACGGAUCCGGGAAGCAAUGCCAGUAUAGCAAGCUACUCAAGCAAUUCCUCCAUAGAGGACUAUUCAAGAGGUACUGUUGCUUCUGCAAACUUCAUGAGCCAAUUAUCGAAACUUGGAGAAGUAUUCAGAAGGACAUGCUUAUCAAGACAGGAGGAGGUAAGAAACCAUGCAGUUUCUUCUCUUUACAAGAGCUUCAAUCUAGCUGAGGAACUGUUUUACUUGUCGCCAAACUGCGAACACUAUUUCAAUUCUGUGAUUUUUGCCAUGGUUGAUGAGAUCCAUGACAAGAUGUUGGAGUACUCAAAGAGGGAAAAUGCUGAGAGGGAAACAAGGAGUAUGGAAGGGACCCUUAAGCUUGCAGUGGAGUUGUUGUCAGAUAUGUACUUGCAGUCAUUCAGACAAUUAACCGAGAUUCCGGGAUUUAGGGGAAUCUGGUUAGGCUUAUUGAGAAGGAUGGACACAUGCAUGAAGGCUGAUUUGGGACAGUAUGGUUCAUCAAAUUUGGGUGAAAUAGUCCGUAAUUUGUUGAGAAAGAUCAUAACACAAAUGAAGGAUGAGGGAAUUUUGGAACCAAGAGAAGAAGAUGAUAUGUGGGAGAUUACAUAUAUUCAGAUACAAUGGUCAUGCCCUAGUCUCAAGGAUGAGUUAUUUCCCUUAUAG